AUGAGGUUAGCCAGGGCUAAUUCGAAGACCGAUGGAUCUAACGACGUAAUUGUGUACUACGUAUUGGCGGCUACACUGCGUCGUAAAGGACGGAAUAAAAGUGGGAAGGAUGCUCCUGUGAAAGUUACCGAGGACUCGAAGGGCUCGACCGAAGUUUCAUUACCGACGAUUAGUACCACAUCACAAGCACAUAAGGAAGGAGGACCGCCUGUGGAGUCCCUGCCGUCCACCGCAUCGGGGACCUGGGAGGGAUGGACGAAAAUGGUGAGUGCUGCCAAACGCAAUGUUCCUCAGCGUAACAAGUGCUUUCAGGCACUAAACCUACCUGAGGCACCAGUGGGAACUGGACAGGAGAGACUUAAUCAAGAUCGCCUCCUGUUGACAUCCAUUCUCGAGAAAGUAUUCAAGAGUGAAGAAAACGUAGCCAAAGAUAUCAAGGUGAAGGCAGCAUUUCGCCUGGGACAAGAUACAGAGAUUUGUAAAGACGUUGUCGCAUCGAAUGAAGUAGAGAGCAUCGUUGUAAGCAGUAAUAGCACUGGGUGUCAGUACCGCGUCAUAACGGAUUCCGGUAAAGAAGUGAAGGUCUACGUUAAUACGACGAGUGGAACGAAGUGUGUGAAGGUGACCAGUAAUGGUAAAUCGGAAACGCUUUGUCCAUCAGGUCCAACGAAUCAGUUGACAUCCAGCUCACCGAUUGAAGUGAGUGCGGAUUCCGACACGACCAGUCCAAACGCACCAACGACAACACCAACUGAGGCAGCAACUGAACCCACCAAAGCAACUCCAGAUUCAACUGAUCCCGAACCUUCGGAAGGGCAGAAAAAACCAUUGCCAGAAACCGCACCCCCAGCAUCUGGUCAACAAGGUGAAGAAUCGGGAUCUCGUGCAGAUAAAGAAGACCAAAUGGAAAAUGAGCACCAAGAUGAACAACCAAAUGUAGGCCCAGCUGCUCUCAUUCCUGCUCUGUUGCGGAAAGCCAGAGCUAACUCGGAUACCGAUGGAUCUAACGACGUAAUUGUGUAG